AUGGUUGAUAAUAUUCGAAGAGCAAUGCAAGAUAUAACUUUGGGAAGUGAAGAUCCCCCUUUUGUGUUACCGGCGGAGGUGGUGCGUCAAGCCGAAGAAGAAAAUCGAUUCAUCUUGGUGGGUCGUCCGGUGAUGCCACGACGACAGAAUCUCCAAGCACUCCUUGCUACAAUGCCAAGAAACUGGGGCUUUGAAGGUUUAGUUCGUGGACGUGUCAUUGAAGGCCGACGUUUCCAGUUUGUCUUCCCCUCCGAGGAAUCAAUGGAUAUGGUGAUCCGAAGGGGACCGUGGGCGUUUGCGGAUCGUAUGAUUGUGCUCCAGAGGUGGACACCAUUGAUGGACAUGGAGAUGCUUAACUACAUUCCCUUCUGGAUCCAAAUCCGGGGAAUUCCUCUGCAAUACAUGAAUCGACAAGUAAUUGUCAACAUAGCAAGACUUUUGGGAGAGUAUAUGCAGAUGGAUUACAGUGAGGAGAUUGGGAGCCGUCUGGAGUAUGUCAUAGUCAGAUUGAAUUGGAAUGUCAAUCACCCUCUCCGGUUUCAGAGGAACUUUCAGUUUGUCCCAGGAGUCAACACGCUACUGAGGCUGCAAUACGAGAGGCUUCGUGGUUUUUGUGAAGUUUGUGGUCUGAUCACUCAUGACUCAGGCGCCUGUCUGAUUCAGAAUGGAGGGCCUGAUAAUGACGAUGGAGCUCAUAAUGGAGAUGAAGAAGAUGAUGACAUUGAGAUUGUACCUAAUCAAGGAGUGGCCAUUGAGGAAAUAAAUGAGGAAGUUAAUGAGGGUGCGGUGGCUGAUGGUAAUGAGGCAGCGGAGGAAAAUGUAGAGCCGUUGGUUGAGGAAGAGGAUCCUGAGCAGGAAGAGCACUACUUAUGGGAAGGACUAACAAGACUAAGCUUAACCAGAAGACAACAGGCUUGGUUUCUUCUUGGGGACUUUAAUGAGAUAUUAGGGAACCAUGAAAAAGAUGGUGGAAGAAGGCGAUCAGAAAGCUCGUUUCAGGAGUUCAGACAGAUGAUGAGGAUUUGUGAUUUGGUCGAUCUUCAGUCGGUAGGGGACAGAUUCUCAUGGGCAGGACAAAGAGGAAAUCAUCUUGUUAAAUGUUGUCUAGACCGAAUAAUGGCCAAUACUAAAUGGUUUGAGAUAUUUCCUGCUUCUCAAACAGAAUUCUUGGAGAUUGGAGAAUCAGAUCAUCGACCACUGGUAACUUUCAUCGCAGUGGAGAAAGAAGAACCGCGCAAGUGUUUUCGUUUUGAUAGUCGCAUGAUGUCAAAAGAUGGUUUUGAAGCUCAUGAGGUAUUCCACAAUCUUAAAGCUAGGAAAAGACAGGCUUCGUCUUACAUGGCAGUUAAGACAGAUAUUACUAAAGCAUAUGAUAGACUGGAGUGGAAUUUCUUAGCUGAGACUAUGAAGGUGAAUGGAUCUCCGGAGGGUCUUAUCACGUCAGCUCGUGGACUAAGACAAGGGGAUGAUCCUCUAUCCCCUUAUCUGUUUAUACUGUGUGCAGAGGCGCUAUCACAUUUGAUGACAAGAGCAAUGCUGGAUAGAUCACUAUUAGGAGUGAAAAUAUCAAACAAUGCACCAACGGUCAAUCAUUUGUUGUUUGCGGAUGAUUCUUCAUUCUUUUCCUUGGCUAAUGAGAAGGCGGCAAAGAAUCUCAAGACUAUAUUUAGCAUCUAUGAAGCAGUUUCAGGCCAACCAAUCAAUCUCUCCAAAUCUUCGAUUACUUUUGGAACUAAGAAACAGAGGUACUUAUCUACGGGUGGAAAGGAGGUUCUAUUGAAAGCUAUUGCAGUGGCGAUGUCAAUCUUCUCAAUGAAUAUAUUCCCGUUACCAAAAGAGGUAUGUGCUGAGAUCAAUGCAGUCUUAGCUAAAUUUUGGUGGGGAGCUGGUGAUAAGAAAGGCUUGCACUGGUAUUCUUGGGAUAGAGUAAGUGUGCCAAAAAGAGAAGGAGGUCUAGGUUUUAAAGAUUUGGAAAUUUUUAAUCAAGCUCUGCUAAGCAAACAAGUAUGGAGAAUUAUGCAACAUCCUCACUGUCUGAUGGCUCGUAUUCUGAAAGCGAGAUAUUUUCCCGAGGAGGACAUUCUGAAUGCAAAGCUAAAAAAGAAAGCUUCUUAUGCUUGGAAGUCGAUUCUACAUGGGCGUGAUCUUAUUAAUAAAGGAAUGCGUUACAUUAUUGGUGAUGGAACUCUGGUUAAUAUGUGGACAGAUCCAUGGAUACCGGAUCACCCACCUAGACCACCAAGAGCCCGUGGAGUGUAUCAGUUGGAGGAAAAUAUGAAAGAAUAUUUCAACACUACUUGA